GCACCUUCGUGAUGAGGGUGGAGGCGAGUGACCUGGACGACCCCUUGACGCCCCACGGAGCUCUCCGCUACGACAUCCACAGCCUGUUCCACAUCGACCGUCGCACGGGCAUCAUCACCACCCGCACUGUGGUCGGGCUGGACCGAGAGAGAGUGGCGCGCUUCUCGCUGGUGGUGAUGGCUUCGGACAUGGAGGGAGACGCCAGAAUCAGUCUCUCAACCACGGCCACCGCCAUCAUCACCAUCACCGACAUCAAUGACCACGCCCCCGAGUUCACGAGCAGAACCUGGACGGGCACGGUGCGUGAGAACGCCGUGGGGGUGCCGGUGACGAUGGCGCUUCUCUCGGUGAUCGACGCGGACGAGGUCGGCACGGCGGCGUGGCGAGUCCGCUACUCACUCCGCGGGGGGGGGGCGGGGGGGGCGGCGUGGGGGGCGGGAGACCCCCAGGACCUGUUCGCCGUGGAGACCGACCCCGCUACCAACGAUGGCAGGAUCGUCGUUGUCAAGCCCUUAGACUUUGAGAUGGCGUCGUCGUACAAACUCAUCGUCGUCGUGGACAACGAGGAGCCGUCGGUGAAAUCCGCGUGGACCCCUCCCCAGAGUACCGCCACCGUUCACGGUGAUGUUGAGGAUGAGAACGAGGCUCCGCUGUUUGAGCCGCGGCUGCAGCAGGUGCGGCUGUCCGAGGGCGUCGCUCUGGGCAGCGUCGUCACCACGCUGGUGGCACGGGACCCGGACUCCGCACAGAAGCAGAGCCUGCGCUACGGCAAGCUGCGUGUGCCGGGUGACUGGCUGGAGGUGGACGCGGUGAGCGGCGUGGUGAGCACCGCGGCGGAGAUCGACCGUGAGUCGCCCCUGGUGCGGGACAGCGUCUACACAGCCACCUUCCUGGCCACUGACAACGGCUCCCCCGCCAGCGCUAGCGGCACCUCCACGCUGCGGCUGUUGCUGAGCGACGUCAACGACAACGCCCCCACGGCCGCCGUGUGGCCCCCAGGGGCGGCCGCCUGCCCCCACGGCGGCGUCACCGUCAUGGCCGCCGACGAAGACCAGGACCCCAACGGCCGCCCCUUCCGCUUCCAGCUGGCGCCCGGGGUGGGGGGAGACAAGUGGAAGGUGCGGCAGGUGGACGCCAACAGCUCCCAGCUGCUGGCCAGGUCUCCGCUGCCCGAGGGCCUCCACUGGGUGGAGCUCGUCGUCUGGGACUCGGGGACUCCGCCACUGGGCGCCGUGCGCCGCCUGCAGGUGCCCGUCUGCGCCGCCUGCGACCACCGCGGCCUCUGUCGCCGCGGCGACGGAGCCGGAGCCAGCGCCGUCGCCGUGGCGACCAUCGUCGUGUUGGUGAUCUUACUGGGCCUCCUCGGCUCCCUCCUCCUGGCGGUGGCGUUCAAGCGCCGUCGCCACGGAGACAAAGCGGGGAGGUGGAGCCUCGCGGAGCUGCACGGUGACCUCACG